AUGGAGAAAACCACGGUGCUGAUCACGGGCUGCUCCUCGGGCAUCGGCCUGGGGCUGGCCGUGCGCCUGGCGGCUGACACCACUCGCAGGUUCAAAGUGUACGCCACCAUGCGCGACCUGGCCAAAGGCGAGCGGCUGCUGGAGCGCCUGGGGGGCUGCUGCCCCGACACGCUGGAGGUGCUGCAGCUCGACGUCACCGACCCAUGCUCACUGGCAGCUGCCGUGCAGCAGGUGCAGGGGCAGCGGCUGGACGUUCUGGUCUGCAAUGCGGGGGUAGGACUGAUGGGCCCCCUGGAGACCUGCUCCGACCAAGCCAUGAAGACCAUCUUCGACGUGAACCUCUUUGGGGCCGUCCGCACCAUCCAGGCGUUCCUGCCUGCCAUGAAGCGCCGCAGGGCCGGGCGGAUCAUCAUCUCCAGCAGCAUCGGGGGGCUGCAAGGGCUGCCCUUCAACGCUGUGUACUGUGCCAGCAAGUUUGCAGUGGAGGGGCUGUGUGAGAGCCUGGCCAUUGUCCUGCAGCCCUUCAACAUCCACCUGACGCUGGUGGAGUGUGGACCCGUCAACACCAGCUUCCUGGCCAACCUGCAGCGCCCAGACCCCGAGGGCAGCGAGCUGCAGGGCCUGGACGCCGAGACGCGGGGCCUCUACCACCGGUACCUGCGGCACUGCCAGAGCCUCUUCCACGACACGGCCCAGGAGGUGGAGGAGGUCCUGCAGGUGUUCCUGGAGGCCAUCGGCACCCCCUGCCCUCCUCUGCGCUGUGUCACCACCCAGCUCUUCGCCCCACUCUCGCGCCUGAGGCUGGCCAGCCCCGAUGGCUCCGCGUACGUCCGGGCCAUGCACGACUUCGUGUUCGGCCGUGGCGAGGCCGGCGGGGACCAGCCCUGA